AUGACCAUGCUCGACGAAUGCCACGCGCGGGGGUUCCUACACAAAGCAUUGGCCGGCUGCAACGAGAUCAAACGGGAAGUGAACCGGUGUCUCGGAAGAGAACGAUAUAAGCACGCACAGAAGAAUCGGGAGAAGGCUAGGGAGAACAGGAAACGGAUUGAGGAAAUUUGGAGGAAGGACGAUGAGGCAUGA